AUGCCCCAGGAAGCCCCUCAACAAUCUUCUGACCAGGAUGAACAAAAGGCAGAAGGUUAUUUGGAGAAAACCAGUGAUUAUUACCGAGUGAGCCACAAUUUGCCGGCCAGGUUCAAUAACCCUGGGUGGUUUCGGGGCUACAGCAUUAAGGAAACUCAUCCAGUAUACAGGACAUCUAACCAAACCUAUGGUAGCAGGGCACCUACUGUACAUGAAAUGCCUAAAAGUUUUCAUUCUUCACCACAUAUGUUUUCUCAACAUUAUGGAAAUUGUGGGAUAUACAGAAACAACGGUUUUAAUGUCUACACUGACAAGAGCAUUGUGACGGGCCCUGAUAAUUUCAUCACGUAUUAUGAUCGACUGAACUUCCAUCCCAGUUACAAUGUUAAUAAACCAUCAAUCUGUGAUUAA